CUGGCAACGGUUUGUCGAUGGCAGUCAAGGCAAAGCACAGCAGAGCAAAAUUGAACCAACAACCGAUCUAUCCAACCACCCACACACAUAMCCAUCCAUCCGUUGACCAAAGAAUGARUCCCAMCGAACCACCGGGAACGGCCUCCACCGGCGAGGCGUCCAGUGCCGCGGAGCCAAAGACAGAUACAAAGACAAACCCUAAAACGGCGACGCCCUCCGAGUCGGACGUCUACGAUCGGCAGAUCCGCUUGUGGGGCGCCGAGGCCCAGAAAAAGAUGCAGAACUCCAGGGUCCUCUACCUCCACGUCACGGGGAGUUCGUCCGAGGUCCUCAAAAACCUCUGCCUGGCGGGAAUCCGGGCCGAGAUCUGCGAUCCCCGGCCGGCCUCGGCCCUCGACGCCUCGCCCUGUUUCUUCACGCAUCCCAACCACAAGAGCAAGAGCCAGGGCGACGGCGAAAGCGAAAGCGAACCGGCCAGCAAGAAACCCAAGUACGGAUCGGUAGCCCUGGCGGUCCGGCCGCUCGUGGAGGAACUCAACCCCCUCCUGGGAUCCUGCCCGAUCGUCGACAAGGCCAUCUCGGAGCUGACGAGGGAAGACCUAAAGGGGUACACGGUGGUGGUUGCCUCGCAGGUGCCCCUUUCCGAGGUCGUCCGCCUCUCACAGCUGCUGGCGGAGGGCAGCGUCCUUUACACGGUCGACUGCUUCGGGAUGAGGGGGGCCUCCAUGAUCGAGUUUGGCAAGAAGGACUUUUGCUACCGGCCGGAGCAGGGCAAGAAACUCCUGGACCCGACGCCCAUCAAGGACUACGUGUCGCUGCCGGACAUGGUAAGGGUCCCCCUCCACAAGGCGACCAACCGGUUCCACAAGAAGGGGCCACCGCCGACGUGGAUCAUGUACCGCGUUCUGAUGGAGCACCAGCGACAAACCGGAAAGUGGCUGGGGGACCCUUCGAUCGACCCUUGGGAAGCGAAGAAAGCUUCGGAGGGGUUUCUGGCGGGGGAGGGGGUCGCCCUCACCGAAACCGAGCUCGACGACCUGGUCACCGCGGGCGUGGCGCAGGUGCCUCCGGUCUGUGCCGUGCUCGGGGGCAUGGUGGGGAACGAGGUCAUCAAGAUCAUCAGCGGAAAGGGAGAACCGGCCAACAACACCCUCCUUUUGGACGGGGGAGCCUGCAAGGCGUGGACCUUUAUGGUAAAGGCCAAGGAGACGUAGUACAGUGUAGAAAUAGCGACAGACAGRUUCGAACGGAGCAAACGGAAUGAAAAGGAUCUUUUGCC